CCCGCGGGCGGGCAGGCGCAUCCCACUGGGAACGGGGCCGUGCCCGGCGCGGGAACCCCGCGGCGCUGGAGAAGGAGGCCGCGCCGAAACUCGCUGACGGAGGAGGACGGCAGCCAGGAGUUCGCCACUCGCAGCCGCUUCCUCUACUAUCUGUUCAGCCUGGGCACGGAGCUGGGCAACGAGCUCUUCUACAUCCUCUUUUUCCCUUUCUGCAUCUGGAAUGUGGACGCCUGGCUGGGCCGGAGGCUCAUCAUCAUCUGGGUGUGGGUGAUGUACCUGGGGCAGUGCACCAAGGAUGUGAUCCGCUGGCCGCGUCCUGCCUCGCCGCCCGUGGUGAAGCUGGAGGUCUUCUACAACUCCGAGUACAGCAUGCCCUCCACCCACGCCAUGUCGGGUACCGCCAUCCCCCUGGCGCUCCUGCUGCUCAGCUACGGCCGCUGGCAGUAUCCCCUUAUGUUUGGACUGAUCCUGGCAUUCUGCUGGUGUUCUUUGGUUUGCUGUAGUCGAAUUUAUAUGGGAAUGCAUUCAAUUUUGGAUGUUAUUGCUGGAUUUCUGUAUGCUAUUCUUAUCCUGGUUGUCUUCCAUCCAGUUGUGGACCUGAUUGAUAACUUCAACUUAACUUACAAAUACGCACCCUUAAUUAUCAUCAGUCUUCAUUUGGCCCUGGGCAUCUUCUCUUUCACUCUGGACACGUGGAGCACGUCGCGAGGAGACACAGCUCAGAUCCUGGGCUGCGGUGCCGGCGUGGCCUGUGGCUCUCAUGUCAACUAUGUCCUGGGUCUGCAGCUGGAUCCUCCUCCCCACGCCUUGCCCUUGUCUCUGUCCUCCCUCACCGUGACUGUGUUUGGAAAAGCCAUCCUGCGGUUGUUGAUUGGAGUCAUCGUUCUGUUGUUAACAAAAGUGGCCAUGAAGAAAGCCACGAUUCCGCUGGCGUGUAAAAUAUUCCGCAUCCCUCACGACGACGUGCGGAGAGCCAGGCAACGCAUGGAGGUGGAGCUGCCCUAUCGCUACAUUACCUAUGGAAUGGUUGGGUUCUCCCUCAUGUUUAUUGUUCCUUGCCUCUUCCAUUUCAUUGGUCUUUCCUGAUGCAGUUUGAUCACUUUGAGUAGGGAGAACUGAGCUAGUUGCUUUUUGAAGAGGUGCACUAGUUUGCUAAGGGAAGGCCGGCCGGCUUGGCUUUAGCAGGGUCUUCCUAUUAACAGCAAUACAAAGCAGGCAAAGCAUUUAAAGGGCUUUGCACAUCUCUGGGGAUGGUUUAGGGCCAGCAGUCAGGAAUCAGUCCAGGAGAAGUGCUGACCUCUGUAAAUGCUGUUUUUGGACUUAUUGCCAUAACCAAGUCUGUGUGUGUGAUGCAGUGAAUGUAUCUGGGAUGGCUGCCAGUCUGUACCUGUGUACACUGACACUUCAGCAGCAAUGUCUGACAGCUCAUCAGAAGGCUCCAUUCACAAUUUGUUUGCCAUUUCACGGUAAUUAGUUCAAGUCAUUGGACCACAGACUGUUAAAUUUGCUUUCUUGUAUUCUUUCCUGAAGUCCUGCUUCAAGGUAUUUCAGCUAAUAGGUAUUUCUAACGGACCAAACUUGUAAUGAGGUUGAAUUUUUCUAAAUAAACAAGCAGAAGCCUUUUUCUUUAGCCCCCUUUGCAGAGAAAAAUGUCUGGAUUAGCAUUGGUAGAUAUCGCUAGAGUAUAUAAUUCAGGUACUGUAUUUUACGGUUUAAUAACUGUGCCUUUCUGUUGCUAAAUUAAGGAAUGCCAUAUAUACUGUGAUGUAAAAAUGCCUAAUUUUAUUGAAAAUCCUAUGUAAUUAGGCAGAUAUUAAAAAAUGUUAGAUUGUCCAUGUUGCUGACAUGGUCCAAGUUAACCAGAAUGUUCAGUUUUUCCUGAUCAAAAUUGCAUAAAUGAAAUGACCCAGGAAUUGUGUCCUUGAGCUCAAGAUAUUGUAAAUGAACAAUAGUCCCUUUUGUAAGUAUUUUUAAUGUGUGUUGUAAGUUACUGCAAGAGGAUAUAUUUUUCUGGAGAUUGUUUAUACUGUGGAUGAAUAUUCAAAAUUAAUUAUUUAAACAUAUAAACAAUAAAAUCCCCCCAUUCUGCAAAGAAAUGGGCUUCACUUAUUAUUACAAACUAAUCUAGAAGGACCACUGCUUUUAGGUAUUUGGUUAGAAAAUAUAAUACUUAUUCUAGAGAAAUCUGUAUUUUUAUGCAUUAACAUACUAUAUUUAAAGGGGGUAAUCACUUUUACCCGAUUUAGAUAGUUAUAAGACAGUGUAACAAUUAAAGGAAACUUGUAAUCAUUCUGAUUGACAGAUUGUGAGCAGUCAAGACAGUAUGGUCAAUGCAUGAACAGUUUCUGAUGUCUAAAUUUGGCAGGAUUUUAUUAUGUGCUUUUUAGCUUUUCAUGAUCCUUUUCCAUUCAAGUGUAAUUUCAUGUGCCUUUUAGCUGUUUCAUUUUGUUUUGUUCAUGUGUUGCCUGUUCUUUCCUCGUCAGCAACAGUUACUGCAGGAAGCGCUGUCUUAGUGUCUGACCAGACACAAAUGACUUAGUUUUGUAUUGUACAUGUUGUUCAGGAAAAGCAUCAUUUGGUUGGGAAAUAUGGUGAUUAGAUAGAAUGCAAAGCCUACAGUUUUUGUAAACAAUAUUUGUUUUCAGAAAGUUUGUGUUGGAGAUGGUAUCUCCAAGCUGUUCAUAUGUAGAUUUACAAAAUUAACUUGACUUUCUUUAAAGCAGACAAAGUUGAUGGUACGCUGGCACUGGAUGAUGUGAAAAAAUUUUCUGGUGCAUUUCUCCAGUGCAUCCUGAAUGUACUGCUAUGAAUGUAUUCAAACUGAGUUAUUCAGAACUGAGAGUGUUAAAUAACUUCCAUAGCUGAAAAGUACCCAGUAGAAAAUGGUUAGCUUGUUUCAGUGUGUAUUUCUGGAUCUGAUUUUUCUGUCUGUUCCUCUUUUGCAGUUCAAUGCUGAAUGUGCAGGAAAAGGUAAAUUGGUUUCUGGGAUUUUGAGAGUGGAAUUUCCACUGAUUUGGCUUCACACACCAAGAUAGCCAUUAAAUAAAUUGCUGGGGGAAUGUACACAAAAUGCCUUACGCUUAGAGCCCUAAGCAAGUGGUGUAGUUUCAAUUAUAUUCAAUUAGUCUGAGGACUGUUAAAAAUAAUAGGAUAACUUUCUCUGAAAUUUAGGGCAUAUUCUCCUUAAAUAUCCUAGCUUUACAGUUUAUAGCAAAAAUGUUUAGAUUUCAGCACAGAAAAGGUAAGUGAGCAAAAUUAAUUUUUUAAGGUACAUAUUUGACUUCUAGAAACUUCAAGUUUACAUCAUAAAGAGCAUAAUUAAAGCUGUAUUUUCUAGCUGUGCUUGCUCUCUUGUAGUAUUAAUGAAACAUGAGGUGUACUGUGGAGGAUCUGGAAGGGGUGAAAAAGAUCACACAGAGCUUUCAACAGGCUAAGGAAAAUUGCACUGUAGCUUAUUCUACUGUCAUAAAUGUAUUUUUUAUAUUUUUAUACAUUACAUUGAGUAAGUUCAAAAUGUCAUGUUCCAUGUACUACUACCCAGGAAAUGGCCAUCAGAAUAUACAGCACCUUCAGCAACUACUCCACUGAAGUUUACAUGAGAAAAAGUUCUAUUUUCAUGUUUUAUAAGGGGUUAGGCUCAAGAGGGCAGCUAGCACAAAAUCUCAUGCAAUAUGAAAAUAAAGAAUCGCAGACAUGCAAAUGCUUAAAAAUCCAAGUAAAGUAUUUGUACUGUAUAAUUUUGUUUACUAAUAAGCUAAGCUUCCUUGGAAUUGGGCAUAACAAAGCAGCAGGUAAAACUAGAGCACUUUCUUUGCCCUAAUCUAAGAGUUGAACAUGAAAAAUGUUUCUAGUGUGAGAACCAGCUGGUACCAAAUUCUUUUAUUUAUAAAGUUCACAUAGCUUUAAGAGGUAGUCAAAUGUCUUUCCAGAAAGACAAUAUGCUUGAAACCCUUUAUGAUGUGGUGAUAAACAUCCUGCUAGUGACCUCCCUCAGUCCCAGAGAGAAAUACUACUUUAUAGAACCAGGUAUAAGUGCACAUUUACUACAAAAAGCUUCAGGCUAAAUUUGCCUUUUUUAAUUAUUGUAUUAAAUAAAACCAACAGGCAGGUAGAGAGCAAUUUGACACAAAUUUAAGUUUUAAUUUAAGUUUAAAGCAGUCUCAGACUAAUUUGCAUCUCUUCAGCCUCUUGGAAAAGAAAAGGUUUUCCAAGAGGCUGAAGAGAUGCACAUUAGUCUGAGACUGCCUUAAACAUAGGAGCAGGAUUUUUCUGACCUGGCCCUCGGUCUGAACUGAUGUGUGCACUGCAUCUUGGGUGAGUUUUAGAAUCUGUUAUUUUGGAAACAAGUUCCAUGUUUAUAAAAAAGUGUUGCUUUUGCUUUCUCCUGUGAGAUCACCUGUGAAGGUGUUGGGUCUCUGAUCAGGAGGUGGAGGAGUGUCUUUAAGGCAAAUUGGCAAACCAAAGGGAGUUGGGUUUUAUUUAUUUGGAUUUUUUUAAGGUUAUAUACAGCAUUUCUCCUGGAAAGAAAAACCAAACAGAAAGAUGCAUUUCUUUUAAAACAGCAUCUCCAAAUGUGAUAUGUGGCUUUUGUGUUGUUUAUUUUUUUUUCCUUACCAGAACAGUGUUAAAUUGUCUGGAUAUUAGAAGCUAAUAUGUUUUCUUUUUUUUUUUUUUAAAUUACUGUUUUCAGUAUUUUUUUACUCCAUUUUUUGCUUAUUUCUGAGGGAGCGCCCAGAACUUCUGUAAGCAAUUGCUACUUAUGUAAAGAUUGUAAUUUUGAACUUGUAAAUAAUUAAGGUUUGCUAGCUGCAAAAAUAUAUAAAAACAAAUCCUUGCAUGCUGUAAGUAAAUACAUCUGUUGUGCUAAAAGUUGUUUCUGUUUCAGUAUUUGCUUUCUCAAUUAAAAAAUCCAGUUUUCACACACAACACAGAAGAUACUUAAUAAUUCAAUGGUAUGAAGGGGCAUUGCUGUCCAACUCCUGCUAACUUUACUGGGAGUUCUGCACUUGGUUCUUUCCACAGGACACUGAGAAUGAGUCCUGAAGGGCAAGUCCGUGCUGACCUGUGAGCAGGCUCAGUGUGUGUGAAGUGACUUAGCUUCUAAAUGUGAUAGCCUUGCUUUUGGGUGAUUUUCCUUGUUAAAAUCACACUUAGCCCUGCUUUUACAAGAUUGCUAAAGGGCAUAACUUGGAACCUCAUUCUCUGCAGGUGGAACUGGCUGCACAUUUCUAACACUCCCCCUUUGUACGAUAAUUCUGUGAAUGAAGAGACCCCAGAAUAAAGUCAGUAGUUAAAAUGAGAGGAGAAUUUACUUCUUGGGGUAUUGUGACUCAGCUUACUGUAAUUGAUUCUUGAGUGGUUCUUUGGUCUAAUGUAGAAUGCUUGUCGGUUAUAUAAUUUAUUUCUGUAUUCUACAAACAACUUUGACAAAGCUUAACUUUUUUGUUGAAUGACUUCUUGCCAGACUUCAUUCUACAGGAAAGCUUAAGUGACCUUUUUGUUUCAGAAAAAAAAAAAAAAAGUCUGUUUUAAAAUUUACUGCAAAUGAUUUGUCAAAUUGAUGGAUUAAUUGGGUCACUACCAUACAAUACAAUACCGAACAAAGGCAAUGAAACCUGAAUUUGGAAACAAAAUAUGAUUUUGUGUGGCAGAGAGGACUUUGGGACUAAAGAAAGCACUUUAGGUGUUCUCUAAAAAGCAAGUAUCUCAUGCUGGUUUUGAAGCAAAUUUAGCCAUGCAUUAGAAAAAUUUCUUUGCACUCCAUUCUGCACCAGAAAUUAUUUGCUUGUUGGUAAGAGGCCUUGUAAGAAAAGGGAGGGUGUUCUUGCAGUGUAUGAUCAGUAACUGUUCCUGCAGGAUCAAGGGAGAAGAGAGGGUACAUGGGAUAAUAGUACCUUAAAGAUACUGACUGGUAAAUGUAAAUAAUUCCCACCAAGUUGGAGAAUUUUACUAGUCACUGAACUUUGACUAAAUUAGUCACUAGUUUUCCCACAAGUUUAUUUUUGUUAGAAAGUGUAAUGAAAGAUAAGUGAUAUUACUGAAAUGGAAAUUAGCUCUUAAGACAAUUCUAGGCAUCUAAAGUAUCAAAAUUGAAAAAGAUCAGUUCAGGAGCAAGUAAUGGGAACAGUAAGAAGAGAGUCUAAAGGGGGAUUUUGUAUUAAACUUAAUGCACUUAAAAAUUACGCCAAAAUUUGGCCUACACUUGAUUUAUAUAAAAUCUGUAGUACAAUAUAGAUAUAUAUUUAAUAUUGUGUAUUGGAGUUUAAUUUUUUUUUUAUGUAUAGAUUAUUUUUUUUCUUGUUACUGCCUUCCCUGAUAAAAGGAAGUGUUGAUAAAAUACAGACCAGCUUUGUCUGAAUAAGGUAAGGCUGUAUGUUAGUAGCCUUUUGGGAAAUAAUGCAGUUGUAACCCAGUCUUUCAACCUCUUGGAGAACUUGAUUUAAAAAAAAAAAAACAAAACAUUUGAGGUGCAAGCCCUGAGUUAGUUGAGGAUCACAUAAUGGUUGCUGUACAAUAGUGUACAACUGAUGUUUUAAAAAUGAAUACACCAGAACUUUUUGUUAUACUCUUGUUAAUUAUUUUGUACUCAUUGUACACUUUCUGAGUUGUCAAUUAAUACUUAAGCUUAUGUUGACUGGUAACCGAAGUGUCUAACUUCAUCUGCAAUGUGUGGGUAAUAAACUCCUGUUGGAUUCA